AUGAACCUAGAAGUCACAGAAAAAAAAAGAGGCCUAGGCAUCUCAAAACAAUGCAAGUUAUGUGGGAAAUUAGGACACAACAAGAGGAGCUGCAAGGGAGAAGUAGGAGGGAACUCCUCCUUGCCUGGGAGUGCAUCCCAAGCCAGUAGGACCACUAGAAGGGCAGCCAAGGAUGCUCAGCCAACAGUACACAGGGCACAACCAAGCUCUAAUGAUGAUGUGACCACAAGUGCACCUCCAACCCCCACUGAUAACCAAUCCAAUCGAAGACCAAAAAAACAGAGGAAGAGAAGUGCAGUCACUACUGAAACCUUGAAUGCAACUGGGAAUGCAGCAAGAUAUAUGGCAGCAAUGAGAUCUGCUAAAAGAUAGCAAACUGAAGCAGGACCUUUUUUUUGUUGUGCUAUAUGUUGAAGCACUCUUCAUAUAUUUAUGUAACUGCUAGAACAAUUGGCAUAUGUUUAUGGGCUGACCAAAUCCUUUUUUGUAUGAAUGUGCUUUGUCACAUAUUUUGUAAUUAUUGUGGUACACCAAAAACUACCAUUGGUGUUAAAUAUUUUGUAAUUAUU